UAAUAAUAAUAAUAGUGUUACAGAAUCAUAUGUAUAACGAUGUGGAAUUUGUUGCUGGGUAGCACAUUUAAACAACCCUUUGUUGGGUAAUUCACUUAAAUUUGACCCCUAGGAAAGAAUUAGCUGUAACCAAGGUGUUGCUCUGAUGCUGGAACUAAGUGGUUUUGUAACCCCCUGUUGGGCCAUAGAACUUGCUCUCUGCAGUCAGGGGUGACCUCGGCAACAACCUAUGUAGGGAUACAACAAGGCCCCAGUCCUUUCUGGUCAUGGGGAAAUCCCAGAACAGACGACGGUAUGUUCUGGGUCAGUGCAUUCGUGGGGGCAGUACUCAGUGAGCACUAGGUGCCACUUAUACAUCAAUUACCUGGUGGGAAGAUGCCUGAGAGCAUACACCCGAGCAUUGUGUUUCUGCUCAUUGUUUAAAGAUGAAUCUAAAACGGUUGACCAAAUUACUUUUGGGUCCAGGGUCUGGCUGCCCUUUGGGUGGGUUACCGUUAGGCUAGAUUUUCAAAAAGCUACAGUUACCUUAUUACUUUGAGGGCCCUGGACAAUCCCAGAUUGGCCCUCCGUGCUUGAUAUAAAAUGCAUGUAAAACAACAGUCACAAAAAAGUUGGUUAUUUUACAUAUACUUCAUAAAAGAAGAAUUUAUUUCAAGAUUCAAGAACAUGGACUGGCAACAUUUAAAAAAACUGCAGUUAUUAAAAGAUAAACUGAAUCCGUUUAUGUGUAGUUUUUUUUUUUUUUUUUUUGGUUUGCAGGUCAAUGCGUGUAUCCUUCUUUGGGGGCUAUAAUAGAUGAUCAGUUCUUUCCAGUGGUCUACCCCUCAUUUUUCUCUUGCCAUUUUAUUGUUUUCAGCGAAGUCCACCACAACGCCAUCCCAGAGAAGGGUCUUGAGCUUCCUCCUGAAAUAGAGGGCAGUAAUACGACUGUAGACUACCUGAAAUCGCACAAGAAGAAGAAAACCAAAGCAGCAUGGCUGUAGCGGAGAGAAGUAGCCGAGCUGGUCCGAAAUAACGAUAGCUGGUUCAACUCCAUGAUCCAGGAAAGAGCCUUGCCAACAGCCAUUUUCCCCUUCAGCCAUCCUCCGUACUCAUAACAAGAACAGUGCACUGAGCCAUUGCCAUUCGCCAAAAACAACGCAGUACCAGUGCUCCUGUGAUGAAUCCUUUGCCUCACCUCGGACACUAGGCCUCCGCCUACAGUGCCACAAUAGGGAGAUACUCUUCAGCUGCACCCAGGCAAACAGGACAGGCAGACUACCGGCAUCACAUCCUGGCGUCGCAUCCUGGUCCACACAGGUGAGCGCCCCAUUGUUGUCCACUCUGCAACUGGGGCUUCAGCCAGUUAGGAAAUCAGUGGUGGCACAUGAAGAUCCUCUCAUGAAAGAGGAUUUUUUUCUCAUUGGACCAAGAGGGCAUGGAGUCCUCUGCCAUGGAUGGUAGUCUGGCUGAAAUUCUGGCCCCUCUGAGGUCAGAGUUGGACAGGUUAUAGUUCAUUGCAGAGGGUGAAGGGUCCUCUCCCACUGUGCUUGUAAUGAGCAUUGAAGCAGGUGGAAAUUCUGCACUAGAAGAGCAACCUGAGGUAGGGACACGCAGUGGUGUACACCAAUGUCCCAAGUGCAGUCGUCAGUUCACUUGCAAGUCCAACUUCAACCGUCACUGGAAAGUCUACUCAGGACAGAGGCCCUACAGCUGUCUAGUGUGUGGUCGCAAAUUCAACCAGGAGUCCAACUGCCAGAGGCAUCAGCAAUUACAUAUGCACCCAAGAAGAUCGAAAAAGGGAAGGUCUGGGAGGAAGAAAAGUGGGCAUUCCAGGACAAAGAUGUCCCUGGGUCAGGAUGAUAAGGCAAGGGAGACUUCAGAAGAUGGCAGCCAGCUUUUAGUAGUAAAUCAAACAGAAGGCGAACUUGGUGACGAUAGAAAUCUUAGGGAAGCCUUCAGAGAAGCAGAAUCUUUGUGCAAACUCAGUUUGGAGGAACUGAACAUGGGAAGAGAGGAAACCAAAGGAGGAGGUAGAGUAGCGGAAGAGGGGAAUGAAAAGCCACAGAUGCCUGCUGUAGAUGUGUCAGCAGGGGUCAAGAGUGAGGUAGAGGUGAGUUAUGAGGUGGAGCUGCCCCACAGGGGAGAAAUGGAGGCCAGCCUGAAAGAGCAUGAGCCUCAGGGGCUAACCAUCAUCUGCCCUCUGUGCGGACUGAUUGGUGGCACUUUGUCCAGUUUGGACCAACACAUUAAGGCCCAACAUCCGAACGAGGCCAUCGCCGAUCAAAAUAGAAAAGCAAUAGGUGUGUCUGGUUCAGACAUCCAGUGUCUUCAGUGCGGACGCAGUUUCUCCUUGAAGUCUAAUCUGAAGAAGCACAUGUUGAUACAUUCGGGGGUACGACCCUAUAGCUGCCCUGAUUGUGGCAGGACCUUCAACCAAUCGGGCAACGUCUUGAGGCAUCAGCGCACUUGUCACCAAGUCCACUCUGCCCUCAGCAACAAGGGAGAGGCAGCAAAGACAAGCCAGCGGAAGAAAAGGUCUAGGAGAGCGAGUGGAAAGGAGAGCACAGAUCCUGAGGAGCAGGGCAACACACCUGCUGCCCAACCUGCUGUUCACGUCCAGUUCCUGUGCUACGUAUGUGGCCAUGGCUUUCUCUCCCAGGAUAGUCUGGAGGUCCACGAACAGAGCCACAGAAGGGAGCUGCCCUACCGCUGCGCCCACUGCGGCAGAGGCUUUGCCCACGUGCAGAACUUUUCCCGCCAUCUGCUGGUGCACACUGGCGAGAGGCCCUGGCACUGUAGAGACUGCGGGCUUCGCUUCAACCAGGCCUCCAAUCUCAACCGGCACUGCCGCACCAAGGGCCACCAGGGUGCCACUACUGAGCAUACUGGGGUUUGGCACAAAAGUAAAAGAAUGGGGAGACGAGGCAGAAUCCACAAACUAAAUACGAAUGUAAUGUAAAGAGGGUAAAAAAAAAGUAAGGAGAAAAGAAGGGGGGGGGAGGAGUUGUAUUCUGUCCAUAUUGGAUCAAUUAGGAGUACUGACAUCUUAACUUGGGUUCUGUUGCUUUUCAAAAUCAUCUCAGUUUAAUGUUCUGUUACAUUUUUGAGUUUAUGCAACAUGCUUAGACAACACAAGCACCCCCCCCCCCCCCCCCCGCACAUAUGAUCAUUUUUAUUUCUACCAAUAAAACGUUUUACAAAAUCA